AUGUCAUCGUUGCGAUUUAUUGCGUUUGUAUGUUUCAUAUUCUUAGCAAUAAGUGACUGUACACAUGGUCUUAGGUGCUAUAAAUGUACAAACUGCAACAAUCCGUUCAAAUCCAAUGCAAGUAUGGAAGUAGAGACCAACGAUACACGAGCUUCUUGUACAAAAACCACUACUCGAAAUUUUGGUACAGCCCGUGAUAUUAGUUUAACCUGCGUGGAAACCAACGUUAAAGGUAUCGGAACAUGGUGUUGCAAGAAUGAUCUAUGCAAUGAAGCGACGUCGACAUUGUCAUCAUUCCACUUUGGAAUCGUUCUAUUUGUUCUUGCGAUAUCAAUGCUAUUCUAA